AUGAAGCUAUUCUCGGGAGCAGCAGCAGCAGCAACUGCUGCUGCUGCUGCUGCAGUUGCAGGCGCCGCAGCGAGCAGCAGCAAGAGCAGCAGCAGCAAGCGUGUCAAGCUCCACGGCCGCAGCAGCAGCAGCAGCAGCAGGGGGGCCCCUUGGGGGGCCCCCUUGAGGGCCCCCUGGGGGGCCCCCAGUAGCAACAUUUGCUUUUGUUUCGGAAUUGACAAAAAAGAGUAUUUUGAAAAAAUGGCAAAGAGAGAAGUUUACAAAAAGUCCUCUUUUGGCUUCCAAUAUUUGGACAAAAAGGAGGGCGAAGGCAAACCCUUGCAGCCAGGGGAUAUUGCCUGGGUGGAGCUCGAAGGCAGAAGAGCUUCUUCAGGGAUAUACUGCCUGGGAGAAGUUGAAGGCAGAAGGGCCUCCAGUGAGGGUUUAGGGUUUAGGCCCCUCUUUGCUGCUCCUCAGCAGCAGCAGCAGCAGCAGAAGCAGCAGCAGCAACAACAACAGCAGCAGCAACAACAACAGCAGCAGCAACAACAGCAGCAGCAACAGCAGCAGCAGGAGCGACAACGGCAGCAGCAACAACAGCAGCAACAGCAGAAACAACAACAGCAGCAGCAGCAGAAACAGCAGCAGCAGCAACAACAGCAGCAAGUGAACAGCAGCCACAGAGGCUCAUUCGUCCAGUCCCCGAGGGAAUUGCAAGAGGCGUUUGCGGCAUGCGCAGAGGAGGCAGGCGCGAGUUGA